AUGUAUAUAUAUUUUUUGGGAAUGUAGGGAGUUGCUGGGCAUUUUCAACCAUUGCUGCUGUGGAGGGAAUAAACCAGAUUGAGACGGGUAGUAUGAUCUCACUAUCGGAGCAAGAGCUGGUGGAUUGUGAUACAACCUACAAUGAAGGAUGCAAUGGUGGUCUAAUGGACUAUGCAUUUGAGUUCAUAAUCAAGAAUGGUGGCAUUGACACUGAAGAAGAUUACCCCUACACAGGAAGGGAUGGGAGAUGCGACCCAUACCGGAAAAAUGCUAAGGUUGUGUCCAUUGAUGGUUAUGAAGACGUGCCCACGUACAAUGAGGAGGCAUUGAAAAAGGCAGUUGCAAACCAACCAGUCAGCGUUGCAGUCGAAGGUGGUGGGAUAGACUUCCAAUUAUAUGAAUCGGGUAUAUUCUCGGGGAAGUGCGGCGUUGACCUCGACCACGGUGUGGCUGCUGUUGGAUACGGAAGCGAAAAGGGUGUUGAUUAUUGGAUAGUGAAGAACUCAUGGGGUCCGAGUUGGGGAGAGAAGGGAUACCUUAGAAUGCAGCGUAACGUAGCUGCAAAAUCCGGUCUCUGUGGUAUUGCAAUAGAGCCAUCUUACCCUACAAAGACGGGCCAAAAUCCUCCUAAUCCAGGUCCAUCUCCUCCAUCUCCGGUCACACCACCCUCGGUUUGUGAUGAAUACUAUGCGUGUCCUGAGAGCGAUACCUGCUGCUGUGUCUACGAAUACCAUAACUACUGCUUGUCUUGGGGAUGCUGUCCUCUUGAGGGUGCCUCCUGCUGUGAAGACCAUUACAGUUGCUGCCCCCAUGAAUAUCCGGUUUGCAACAUUAAGGCGGGCACCUGUUCAGUGAGCAAGGACAACCCUCUUGGAGUGAUAGCAAUGAAGCGUAUUCUUGCCAAGCCAAUUGGGACCUUUGGGAGUGAAGGCAAGAGGAGCAGCUCUUGAUUGAUUAAACUAAGAUUCCAACUGGCCAACGAGGAAAAAGAGAUACGAAUUUGUCAAUUGCUGAAUCUUUUAGUGGUUUAUAGUUCAAUUCCCGUUUGGCCAUUGGGGAUUACAAGGCAAAAGGAUAAUGAAAUUGAAGUUUAUGGUUUGCUUUGUACAUAAUAAUGCUGUGUAUUUGUAAUACUGCAUUCAACUCUAAACUUGAUUAUUAUUCUGAGUACUCUGAUUAUGAAAACAAUUCUCCAUUUCCUUACUGAUCAA